AUGAUGGAUAAUGUAAGUUAAAUUUGUUACUAUUUUUGAUAUAAUAUUGUUUUAGCUUAGCGAUCGCACGUAUGCAAGUGCUCAUUCUGAAAAUUCACUAAUGGUAGAUGACGUAAUUAGUUUUCGAUCAGGUUAUAGCAAUAAUACAGUACCGCGGGUUAGUUUUUGUUUGGUUUAUGUAAACUUUUUAUCGUAGAAUGGUUUUUGAUUGAUUAUUUAUUAUUAUAAUAGAUAUUUUUAGGUAGAAUAGCUAGAUAAGUGAAUGUUUUACUUAUGAGUUACAUAGCUAUGCUUAUUUCCUUUAAAAAUAUUACUUUAAACAGUAAUUUUUGUGUAAAGUUUUAAAGUAUAACACUAUUAAUGUUUCAGCGUCCAAGAACUCCAGAAACUGCAGACUCCGGAUUUCCACGUGAUAACACUUCUUCAUUACGCAAUUUAGAAGUUAACAUGGACAAUGUAUUCCGUGGUAUUAAUGAUAGUAAGUUAUUUUAUUAGUUUCUUCAAUUUUUAGAUAUCGUUUAGACGUGUAAUUAUAGUUUAUUGGCUAGUUUAAGCUAAAGAAUAUGUUUUAUAUUAAAACUUAUACUUUUUUUAAGUUUGCGGAAGGUUUAGAAAUACGUUUUAAGGGUAAUAUUAUAGAAAAUAUUGAAAAAUGUUGUAGUAGGUAGCAAAGCAUGUUGAAGAAGAUAUUUUUGUUAUAACUUUUAUUAAUAAAUAGAUAGAUGGCUGAACAUUAGUGAGGUAUUGGAUUAGAUAUUGUGUCAACUAUUCCAAAAAACGGAAUGUUGAGAUUCAAAGAAGUCAGAAAAUUAAAUAUAUAGACAUGUAUUACAGCAGGCUCAACCUCAACGCCACCGUCCUCUUCUCGUGCCACAGUGCCACAACGGCUAGCGACUCCACGGAUUGAAGCCAAUCCCGAGAAUUUAUACCCAGCCCAUCUCCUUUAA